GGCUCAGCUAUCGACCUCGACGACAUCAAGCGCUUCGAAUUGACAGAGGUCUACGCUCACCCCGAUGCGAAAGUCGACAUUGUACUCGUCCACGGGCUGAAUGGAGACCCACGCAAGACCUGGACCUCCGAGAAGGGUACCUUCUGGCCCACCGAGUUGCUGCCUGUCACAUUGAAGUCUGCAAAGGCGAGGAUACUGGUAUACGGGUACAAUGCAGAUGUAUAUGCCUUUGGCAAAGGCGGUGCAAGCUCUGACAUGCUUCACCAACAUGCACAAACCCUUCUAGCCAACUUGUCUGCAGAGCGGCAGAGUGAGGAAGCGACAGAUCAUCCAAUAAUAUGGGUAGUGCACAGCCUGGGCGGUCUUCUCCUCAAAAGAGCCCUGAAUUUGUCCGACGACCUCGAGUCCAAGUACGCGGACGACCUAAGAAACAUCGCCGUCUCAACAUAUGGAAUUAUAUUCCUGGGCACACCACACACUGGCGCGGAUCCAGCAAAAUGGGGAAUCAUGGUGGAGAAAAUGGUCAGCGCGCUGAUCCCCAAGAAAGUUGUCCACACGGAGGAUCAGCUCGUCAAAACGCUGCAGACAAAUAACGAGACUUUACAAAAUAUCAAUCUCAAAUUCCUAGAAAUAUAUGAAAACUACAGGAUAGAUAUGGUUCAUGAGGGUCUUCAGACGGACCUGAGAGGCACUAAAACAUUCAUUGUCGACCAACUGCAAGCUAGUCCACAGCUUCGCGGAGUAGUUUACUACGGCAUCGAGGCUACCCAUUCGGGCAUGGCCAAAUUUAACACCAAAAACUCGCCCGGCUAUUCAAAUGUCGCUGGUCAUAUCAAGGGUUGGGUAGAAAUGUCACCUCCAGUUAUUCAUGCGCGACAAGAAGCAGAGAGACAGAAAAGACUUCAUGAUUUGGAAAAGGCGAGAUCAGAUCUCCAGUGGGGUUUUCAUCCACCACAAGCACCUACAAGUGCACCUACACCUGGUAUGUCACAACCAAGCCAGCAAGAAUAUCACCAGCCAGGUCUGGUUGAAGCCCCUCCUCCAAGAACAAGAUUCGAAUUUGAAGUAGCUGAGGUUGAGGAGAUGGAUACUGAGAUGGCUGGCAAUCGCUGA